GGUCAACUGCUUUAAUUGAGAUUUCGAAACAAUACCAUCAUUGGCGGUGAAAACCAUUACAUAUGUUUCAGAUAGUAAUGAAAAAAUCCGCAUAGUGAAGAAAUGAAAAAGAACCAAUUUGAACGACGCAUUUGAAUCUCAGUUGACAACCUGCCCACCACAACGCUUUCUUUCUAUGCUUAGUGCCAUCACCAAGCGAUUCAUCCCCUCAUUGCCAGUUUUGUCACGUUCAAUGUCGGUUGCAGGAUCCCCAUUCAAACUUGCAUUAGUACAGCUUGCUGUAACAGCAGAUAAAGAAAAGAACUUGAAGCACGCUCGCGCUAAAGUUUUAGAAGCCUCUAAAAACGGUGCCAAUAUAGUUGUCCUCCCGGAGUGCUUCAACUCUCCUUACGGAACAAACUUUUUCCCUGACUACGCAGAAACAAUCCCUGAGGGCACAUCUACCAAGGCGUUGGCAUCUAUGGCAAAGGACGCAAAUGUUUAUCUUUUUGGAGGUUCUAUUCCCGAGAAAGAAGAAGCAACGGGAAAGAUCUUCAACACACUUACAGUGUACGACCCAUCUGGCUCCCUGAUUGCAACGCAUAGAAAAGUACACUUGUUUGAUAUAGAUAUUCCUGGUGGAAUUCGCUUUCAGGAGAGCGACAUUUUAUCUGCUGGGUCCUGGUUGACCCAUGUUGAUACCAGUUACGGCAAAAUUGGUGCUGGCAUUUGUUAUGACAUUAGAUUUCCGGAAAUGGCCAUGAUUGCUGCGCGAAAGGGCUGCAUUGCCAUGAUCUAUCCGGGAGCCUUCAACACCACAACCGGACCUAUGCACUGGGAAUUAUUGCAACGUGCACGUGCGGUAGAUAACCAAAUGUAUGUAGCUGCUUGCUCUCCAGCUCGAGAUGAAUCUGCAGCCUACCACGCCUGGGGCCAUUCUACUAUCGUUGGUCCCAACGGUGAUGUAAAGGCGACAUGCGAGGAGUCAGAAGCCAUCAUUUAUGCUGAAAUAGAUCCGCAAGACAUUAUCAAUAGACGAAAACAUAUUCCUAUUUACUCACAACGACGAUUCGAUGUCUAUGAAGAUGUAGCGGAGAGCGUAGAAGAGGGUAACAAUGGUCAUGUCAGUUUGAAGCAAGACAAGGUUAAUGAGCUUUAGUAUAUUAAAUUGGCUGCUGUUUACACCCAAUGAUAACAAAAUAAAAUAUGAAGGCCGUUGACACACAGGCAGUUCAAGACCUCUAGUCUCGAUCUCAUGGUUUACUUCAUGUCUCAGCUCAGUCAGGCAAGC